AUGGCCGACUCCACGGCCGUGUACGCCGUCGGCCACCUGUCGUUCAGCAGCACCGUGCGAGAGCAUCAGCUCGUCGUGUUCUGGGCGCCGUUCCUGCUGCUGCACCUCGGCGGCCCGGACAACAUCACCGCCUAUGCCCUCCAGGACAACCAGCUCUGGCUUCGCCACCUCCAAAUCCUCGUCGUGCAGGUCCUCGGGGCAGCCUGCGUCAUCCACAAGAACAUCGACGGAGGUAGCAGCGGGCGGCUGCUCCGGCUUGCCUCCGGCUUGAUGUUCGCCGUUGGAUUUGUCAAGUACGGGGAGAGGACGUGGGCGCUCAAGUGUGGCACCCUGGAAAGCAUCGGUGCCUCGGUCAAGACGCAGCCGCCCGCCAUCCAUAAACAUUCCCACCGUCAGGACGAAGCGUCGGACGAGGAAUUCCUCGUGCGACGAGCCCACUCGCUGUUCCACGUCUGCAAGCGUGCCAUUGUUGAUUCUUCCGUGAUCGAGAAGGACUCCGUGGAGGGGCAGGAACAGUACACCACCAAGAUGAUGCGCAAAGUGGAGCUAUGGGCGCUGAUGGAGAUCGAGCUCUCCCUCAUGUACGACGUACUCUACACCAAGGCGGCCGUGGUCCACACCGCUGCCGGAUAUCUGGUCCGUGUCGUCUCGCCGCUCACCAUUGCCGCCUCGCUGGUGCUGUUCCAGCUCACCCCCAAGGACAGCCACAUCGGAGCCGACGUGGCCAUCACCUACGUCCUGCUGGGUGGUGCCUUGUUCAUGGAGACGACGUCGCUCGUGAACGCGCUAGGAUCGUCUUGGACGUUUGCGUUCCUGAGCACCACCAGGUGGCGAUGGCUCCGGUACGUAGCCCUGUGCAACGGGAGAUGGGACAGUCUCCGGCGUAGGGUUGUGUCUCUUCACCAUCUUGUCAAGGGAGGAUUUCCUGGUGGUAGCAGCACCAGCAGGUACAAAUCGAGGAGGUGGUCAUACAUCAUCGGGCAGUACAACAUGCUGCACUUGUGCACGCGCCCCGCCUUCACACUGCUCACCAGCCCGCUGCUCGGUAGGCUGGCCAGGACGCUGGGACCCAACGGGUGGUGGGACAGGAAGCACUACUCAGGAACCGUCAAGAUAUCGGUUUCAGUCAAGAAACACAUCUCCCUACACAUGGGGCGGCUGUACAAACACGAGACGCUCAACUCCCUGGGCAUGCUCAGGAAGAAGUGGGGCGAGGAGCCGCUGGACCGUCGAGGGCUGUACGAAGGCAUUCUGAAAGACUCCCCGGGUGUGGAGUUCCAGGAGGGCAUCAUCAUCUGGCACAUCGCCACCGACAUCUUCCUGGCCAAGAGCGAGAGAGCCAAGGCCGAGGACGCGGCGCCACGCGUGGAGGCCAUCGUGAUGCUGUCCGACUACAUGAUGUUCCUCAUGGUGGAUCGCCCCUACAUGCUCCCAGGCCAACCCCAAAACAGGUUGUACCAACGUACCUGCGAGAAUCUGGUCAGCAUGCGGUUGACAGAUGAUCCUGAGCACCCAAACCGCCGACGCAGAGGUAUGAUCAAGAAUCUGUUCCGCGUGCGUGAUGGCCCGGCUUCCGGCACUUCCAGGGCCUCCGAGAGACGUGAUCUCGCCAACAGACUGUAUGAUGAGUAUGCGAGCCGAAGGUUCAGCCACGACGCUCCCCGUCUCACGUACGUAGCCCGACUUGCCAAACGGCUGCUACAGAAGGAGAGAGCCGACGGCACGGCCGACUCGUUGGACCUUGUGCUUGAGGUGUGGACGGACAUUCUCGUCUACGCGGGCAACAAGUGCAGCAGGGAGUCCCAUGCCAAGAAGCUCAACAGUGGCGGCGAGCUCACGACCAUCCUGUGGCUCAUGGCGGAACACCUCUACCAAGUGUCCCUCGAGGAAGCAUCACACGCGCAGAGAGACGAUGAUGUAUCUAACGUACUAUAA